AUGGAUAUAAAAACGUUGCUCGCCAAUCUUCAUGAAGAAGUAUCCUGCUCUGUGUGUAUGGUCACAUUUACUGAACCAAAGCAGCUUCCAUGUUUGCACAGCUUUUGCCUCCACUGUUUAGCAGGAAUCCAAAGAAACAGCGGCCGCCAUGAUAUCAUAACAUGUCCUGAGUGUCGAGGGGAGAGUCAAGUCCCUGGAGGAAAUCUUAAAGAUCUGCCCACAAACUUUCGCAUCAACAGCUUACUAGAUGUGUUGGCCAUAAGGGACUGCAAUUCUACUGGAGUCAAAUGCGGAAACUGCGACAAACGUAGAGUAGAAAGUUUCUAUUGUUUUCAGUGCUGUUCAUUUUGGUGUGACGAGUGUAUCACUGUGCAUAACUUACUCCGAGCAAAUAAAGACCACCGAGUUCUUGCGCUCAAAGAUUUUGGAGAUCAAGACAUCGAAGAUGUCUUAAAACGACCAGCAUUUUGCCCACGACCGGGCCACGACAAGAAAGAAUUGGAAUUCUUCUGUAAGAAAUGUGAACAAGCCAUUUGCAAUUCUUGUGUUGUAACCACUCACGAUGGACAUGUUAAGAUACUACUGGAAGAAGCGGCAAAUGAAAAGAAAUUGCAAGUCAUGUCUGAGAUUGAGUCCAGAAAAGAAAAAGUGCAAGGAAUGAGAAAGAAAAUAUCUCAACUUGACGAAAGCUGUGAUAAAAUCCAAACCCAAGUGGCAAAAGUAAAAAGAAGCGCGCAACAGUUUGCCGAAAGCAUGAUUGCUGUCAUCGAAGCCAAGAAACAGGAAAUCUUUUCUGAAGCGGAUCAUGAGGCACAACAGUACCUGGAACGUUUGCGAAUACAAAGGUACGAAAUUGAAAACAAAGUAAAAAUGGUCGAAACAGCUGUAGGAAAAUCUGAAACACUAUUACAACGGAGCACAAACGCACAGCUUGCACAGUUCGAUGACUCACAAAACAAAAUACUCUUGAAAGGAGUUGAUGAUGAGAGAGAAGAAGUCGACUGCAACCUUGAACAUUUAACAUUUAUUUUCGAGGAAAACAAAGCUUUGAAGACAAAAGCAAUCCACGAGGGAAUCGGCUCCAUUAGAGCAUUUCUCAGCAAGACCAGAGCGGAUCAAGCAACUGCUGUAGGAGAAGGACUCACUGAGGCGAUCGUUGGAAUUCAAGCGAAAUUUGUUUUGACGACAAGAAAUGCUGAAGGACGACAAUGCCACGACGAGCGUGACCGAGUAACAGUGGAAAUUAAAAAUCAGCAAGGCCAUGACUGUGCGACGGAAGUGCGAGUCCAAGAUAUUAAAGAUGGUAGCUAUAAAGUGGGUUAUUUUUCCAAAGAAACUGGAAGAUGUAAGGCAGAAGUUAAACUAAACGAAGAACAUGUUGCAGGCAGUCCAUUUCCGGUUCGAGUGAAACCCAGACAAUUCAGACCCCUGCUAUCUUUUGGACAACAAGGUUCGUCUACUGAAAUGUUACUCAGUCCCUGGGGAGUGGCAGUGAAUGAACGCGAUGAAAUUGUAGUGACUGAACUCGGUAACAACAGGGUUCAGGUAUUCAGUAGUGAUGGAACCUACUUACGGUCGUUUGGUAGAAAAGGUAAUAAACAGGGAGAAUUUAAUUUCCCAUGCGGAAUAACAAUACAUGAGACUAAUAACAUUAUAGUCGUGGACAGCGGUAACCACCGUGUUCAAUUGUUCAGUGAGCAGGGUGAGUACCUGAGCCAGUUUGGUGGUAAGGGAAAUCUUGAUCACCAGCUGUCUAAUCCUCUCGGUGUAUCUGUAGAUAAUAAAGGCAAUAUUAUUGUUGCUGAUACCGGUAACAAAUCAAUUAAGAUCUUUUCUCCUGACGGCCAUUAUUUAAGUAAAUUCGGGGGUGAGGGUUCUUUUACCUAUCCCAUUCACUGCGUACAAUAUGAAAAAUAUCUGAUAGUGUCAGACGGAGAUGAACAUUGUAUCAAAGUGUUUGAUAGAAAUGGUAAUUUUUUAUACAAAUUUGGAAAUAAGGGGGAAGGGGAUGGAGAGUUCAAUGACCCUUGUUGUUUAUCAGUUAACAAGGCAGGACACCUGAUGGUCUGUGAUGCAUCUAAUAACAGAGUACAAGUAUUUGAGCUAAGUGGAAAAUUUGUAACAAAAUUUAGAUCAAAAGGAGAGAAAAAAGGAGAAUUUUAUUUCCCUUUCUCUACUGCAGUGCUCAGUGAUGGUCGAAUAGUUGUAUCUGACUUUUUUAACCAUCGCAUUCAGAUAUUUGAAUAGACAUCACAUCACUAUGCCUUACCAGAUUUUAGCUCAUUUUUUCAAACUUUUAAACAUGAAACUGCUUUCAACACGUGAUUUAUAUUCUCUGUAAGAAUCUUCUGAAUGGUCAAUGAAACUAUAACACUAUAGUUUCAAUUAAUGCUACAUCCAAGAUAAAUAUCUUGUUACACCUAUUUUAUAUGAUAUUGUUAAUUAAGGAAUUACAGAAUUUACUGCUAUUGUCAUAAAACAGAUCAUCUGCUCCACUGGUUUAACUCAGAAAAAGGCUCCAAAGUCAAAAAUUGUAAAUAAUCAAACGGUAGAAAUGUGUCAAUAAAGUAUUUGUGAUUGCAUUUGCAAACUUCGCUGUAUAGUUAUCACUUGGCAAAAACAAAAAGGAGUGAUUUGAAACUUUCCGACUGAUUUUAGUCCAAUAUAUCUGGGAAGGUCACACUUACAUCUCAUUUAUUAUGAAAGGAAGCUAGGAUAAGAAAAACCUUAAAAAAUUUUUAGGAUUUGGGAUAGUGUCUGCCGUUCUGUCUUUUAGGAUUUCGGGUAAUUUUUCCCCCGCUUCGUCUCUAAGGACUUGGGGUAAUUUUCCGCCGUUCGGUGUUUAGGAUUUUGGGUAGUUUUCCGCCAUUCCCCCGGUCCAAAUCCGCUAGCGGAUAUGGACCCCCCUCCGCAGAUUUGGACCCCCGCCCCCCAACAGAACUGAGUCAAACACCAUCAUUAACGUUCUCGUAGAAAUAGAUAAUACGUUUCAGUGCGUACUAAAGUAUGUUUUUAAUUCAAAAUAUGCGUAUCGCCGAUGCAUACGAACUGGCAAAAUGUGCAAGCAUUUUGUUCAAUGUUCGGAGAAAGGUCGCUUUUGAACCUUUUCCGCGAUAGUCGAACACUGCUAGAUUAAGUAAGAGACAAACUUAUGACACUAAUUUAUUUUGUUAUUGUUCAAUGCCCAAGUGUUGAGACGACAUGGUACACUGCAAGUUUGUUAUUUCAGAUCCCUCAACAGUUAAUAAUCGUUAAAAUUAGAAAAUAAGAUUGAGUUCGAUGAAAUAGUCUCCACUUUGUUAAGACGUAGACAUGUUGAUUUGCAUCUGAAAAUAAGCUGAGAGUUCCAAUAGUUCAGAAUAGAAACAUUUUUUUCUCAUAAUAGGCUUUACGAACGACUUGUAGGAGUUGUUACUUCCUUCUUGUUCAGAAACUGUUUAAUAAUAUUUAAUUAGAAAAUCAGACUGAGCUAUUUUUGUGACUGGACGCAAUAGUCACCACUAUUAUUAUGACGUUUCGUAUCAAUGUUGAUUCGCAUCAGAAGAAGCAAAGAUUUGUUGUUACAAUUUCAAUCGUUCGAAUACAGUAGUUUGUUCGCAUCUAAUUCUUGCGUAUACUGUACGACUCCCUAUAAUAAAUGCGGCAGGAUUGGAACGAAAUGGCUGUUUUUCUUUACCUUUAUUGAGGAAUGUUGUGUUGUAAUUGAAAAGAACAUCGACAAAAAGCUUGCAAAUAGAAUUAGUUAUCAAAUAUGAUACAAUCGAUGCUUAAAAGGAAAGUUUGGUGGGGGGAUCCAAAUCUGCGAUCCAGGGGUCCAAAUCCACUGUGACACCGGCUUUAAGGGUGCCCUUUCCGGUGAGAUGUCUAAAAAGCACCUCGUGGAAGGUAGUGACCGAUCAAAUAACAUAUUUACUUCAAUCUCAUCUGCAAUUUCCACAUUAAUGUUAUAGGAAAUGUCUCGUAAUUGCGGAAGUUCCGGGUGAAUUUCAGGGAACGCGGUUCGAUCAGCUUUAGACACCAGUUGUUUGUUUGCUUGAUAUGGAGGGCGCCCUCUAGGUUUUUUCACACAAGAGCACUCUUGUUCACGAUGAGAUGUCCACAUAAAGGGUUGUUUGAAGUUGAAAUGACUUUUUGCUGAGCUGAGUUUUCUCGGACUUGAUAAAGUAUUCUUUUCCUUACCGAGAGGACCCAUUUGGGAAUGGUAUAAAUUUCUUCAAAACCCUGGUCGAUAUCAUUUUGAAUUGAACAGAAAGCUCAUUUUUGAAUAAGCUUUUGUCAGACUGUCUUACUUGAAAGUCCUUUGUCAUGAAGUCGACAGACUGUUCUCAAGAAGGAGAUAUGAUAAUCCAUAAGCUGAGACAAAAAACGAAAUGACCUUUAUGAAUACCGAGAAAAAUCACCAGCUGCUAAACGCCAUGACGUCAUGACACCGUAGGACAACAUGCGACAACAAGAACAGCCGUGCACAUAAAUACGUUUCUCGGCGAAACCAAAGCGGAUCAAUCAACUUCUAAAGGAAAAGGACGCACUGAAGCGAUUAUUGGAAUUCAAGCGAACUUUGUUUUCACAUAAAGAAAUGCUGAAGGACAAUGCCACGAGAAGCGUGACCAAAUAACAGUGAAAAUUAAAAAUCGGCAGGGCCAUGACUGUGCGACGGAAGCGAGAGUUCAGGGUAAUAAAGAUGGCAGCUACAAGAUCAGCUAUUUCCCCAAAGAUAGCGAAAGAUAAGAGGCAGUGGUCAAAGUGAGCAAAGAACAAGCUCGAGGCAGUCCCUCUCCGGCUCUAGUUAAACCCAGACAGUUCUGUCCUGUGUUAUCUUUUGGCUAA